GCCCAGCAUAAGGGAAGGUUUGGGUCCAGUGGCGAUGGAGAUGGAGGUGGAUCGAGAGGCGGCGCCGCGGCAGCAGCGCUUGAGGUUCACGUACCGAGGAAAGGAAUUCGUGCUGGCGAUCACGGCGAGCUCGACGCUGCGGGAAUUGGGGCAGGAGCUACAGUCGGCUACUGGGAUUUCCCCGCAGACAAUGAAGCUGCUGGUUCCUCGAGGUGCCCGUGGAGCGCUGGAGCCCUUCAGCGAGGAAUGCGCCAUGCUAUCUCUUGGAGAGUGUGGGAUCGAAGAGGGAAAGGUUUUACGUGUGAUGGGAGCACUCCCUCACGAGACGGUGGAAGUCUCGGGAGCUUUACAGAAGGACACUAGAAGCCUUGGAUUUGAGGAAGAGGAGGAACGAGCUCGGCGACGAGCUUCCUCGGCUUCUGCUACGGGAAAACUCCCUGCCGGCCCCUAUACGUUUCAAGACUUUAAAACUCUUCAUCUUCCUGGCGUACAGAUGACUCCACCACCUCCGAAAGCUCUCGAGCUCUUGCAUGCCUUGGCUAGUGACAGAGGCAUCAUCGCCAUAAUGAACAAGUAUCGAUGGCGAGUGGGAGUUUUUAGUGAAAUGGCACCCGAGGGAUUGGUCGGAAUCAGUCCCAAGUGUCUUCUCGGAUUCAACAAGAAUCGCGGAGAAGAGAUCUCUCUACGUCUUCGAACAGAUGACUUGAAGGGUUUUCGGAAGUAUGAAUCCAUAAGAAAGACUUUACUUCAUGAACUGGCGCAUAUGGUACAUGAUGAACACGAUGAGAAUUUCCAUCAACUGGACAAACUGCUUAACAAAGAGUCGCUUGAGCUUGACUGGACAAGAUCGCGAGGCCAAAGUCUAAGCGGCAUGAAACACCAAGUUCCAGAUAGUAUUGAGGAUAAUUCAGAGGUCUUGCGCAAAGGCCACCGCCUCGGUGGAGGUUCAUCUUCCGUUUUGAAUGUCAAGGUAGCAGCAGCCAACGCAGCAUUGAACAGACUGAAAGAAAAUGCCGAAAGCUCAAAACCAGAUGAUAAAGUAAGCGAAGAACCAGAUCCUGACGACCAAGAAACUUAUAACAAAGAAUUUCCUGAUGGUGAACCGGAUCCCGAUGAAACUCAAGCUUACGAGAGUGAACCAGAUCCAGACGAACCGCACGCAUAUAGAACAGAAACCUGGGAACCAGACCCGGAUGAGAAGGAAAGUCACAGAGAACCAGAUCCAGACGAGAACGAACAUCACGGGGAACCAGACCCGGACGAGAAGGAAACUCUAAAAGAUUACAGAGAACCAGACCCGGACGAGAAGGAAACUCUAAAAGAUUACAGAGAACCAGAUCCAGACGACAAUGAUCCAGACGAUCAAGAAGCAUACGGAGACAAUAAAAGAACUAAACUUCCAGAAGAUCACAAAGAACCGGAUCCAGACGACGAUCUCAGGCAUGGAAGUCCGUUUCAGAGAGACGUGGAAGUGAUGGAGAUGGGAGAACUGGACAUGGAGAUCAAACGAAUCAAUGCCGCAGCAGCUGCUGCUAGUUCCCGGCUCGAGGACUCGAUCGCGAUGCUUACUCGUCAGGCUACUCCCUUGGAAGCGGCCAUGGCUUUCCAAACUCUUGUGAAAAUCUUAAGUAACGUCAUGGAGCAUCCAAACGAAGAGAAGUACCGGCGUAUAAAGAAGAACAAUCCCGUCUUCCAGGAGCGUGUUGCAAAGUUUGCCGGAGCGAUUGAGCUGCUUAAAAUGGUUGGAUUUGCCGAAGAAGCAGCGAUGUCAAGCUUUGUGCUCAAGACCAAUGAUCCUGGAUUGCUGUGGCUGGCACGCUCUCUCGUGACGAGCGCGCUUGGCUCUUACGUACAUGGCUAGCGAGCGAAAAUAACAACAGGAAAGAAGAAGCAUUCUAGCACACCUGGAAGGAUGAUAUUCUCUUCGCCUGUAAAUUUUUACAA